ACAAAGCUUAUAUACUAGUACUAAAAAUCCAAUGGCAUUCUCGCGCAAGAAGCAGCAGAAUGAAAAGGAGAGUGCAAUGGAAUCUUCAACUUCAACUAAACGGGUCGGUUCUUCUAAACCCAAGACAUCAAAAUCUGGGUUUAAGCCAACAGUUUGUCUGAAAGAUUGGUGGCUUAAAAGGACUGAAGCUGAUUCUCAGGGAAGGACUCUCGCCGUUGCUGGGAACACUUCUCGAGAAGGUCAGGCGAUGCGAGUAUUCUCCUCUGCACCAAUUCUCAAGGCAUUUGAUGUUUUUACUCUUGAGACCAUCGAUGGGAUAUGCGUUGUCCUCAAAGGCUUCAUAAACAAAACUCGUUCGGAGGAAAAUGGUUUUCCAUCUGAGGUGUUCGAACAGUUUCUUUUUGGUUUUCCUCCUCAAUGGGAGGUGUUCAACAAAAAAUACUUAGGAAGAGAAUCUAAAGGUAAGGCUGCUGCAAACGAUGACCUUGGUUUCGAAAAACCAUCUGCGUGCUCAGAAAAGGUUAAAGAUCUAAAGAAGCAUAAUGGGAGAAAAGGAUAUGAGCUAGAAGACAAUUUGAAGAGGGACGAUAAGAAUGAUGGAAAAAUCGCAAGUGAAGUUAUUGUACGAAAGAUGACAAGACAAGCAGAGAGGUGGUCUUCCAAGCUUAAUUGUAGGAACACUUCUACAAGCACUGCAAAGGAGCAAACUAGUGAUUAUAGAACAACUCGCUUUAAAAGCGCAAGUGCAUCCGCCACAACAAGCGCAAAGAGAAAAUUGACAUAUGAAACUCCUCAGAAAGAGAAAGAGGCAGUUCCAGUUAUCUCUCCUGAACCUUCGAGUUUUAAAAGAUCCAGAUCAGGGAGAUUGCUACUUCCUCCAAUGGAAUUUUGGCGCAAUCAAAUGGCAAUCUAUGAUGCGGAUCGCGAGGUUACAGCAAUUAAACAAGGCAACAUGGGUCUGGAUAAUCUAUCUAUAGUGAGUAGAUCCGAACCAUCAAGAAAGAGAUGGCUACUAAGAUAAGAGUUGAAGCGCCUUUUGUCUAGUGGAAAUGUAUAGGGACAAAUGGUGGGAAGGCAUAAGGAAAUGUAUCAUAUUUUUGUACAAAUAUGUAAAGGCUCUACUAAAUGCCAUUUUGGAUGCAUAUUUAUAAGACAGUUGACAGACACCUCUUUUGCUUCUUACUAUCUUUUGUAACUCAUUAGUGCAACUAGUUUUGAUAAUAUAGGUUCACUUGUACUGUAUCUUGACACCAGAGGAAAGAUGUUAUUACUGAUUCGAAUUCUUCGUUAA